AUGGCUGAUUCUACCGAAAAUUCUGGCGCCCACGCCGACACCCCACAACGUCAGAGCGGCUUCUGGGCCGAAAUCGAGUCCCUCAAGACUCCGGAGAAGAAGGAGAUUGCAGAGGUGCCCAAGGUUGGCGCCGCUGCCCCGAGCUCCAAUAGGAUUCCCUUGCCUGACGGCAAGCCAACCGUCAUUGUCUUCCUUCGCCACUGCGGUUGUCCUUUCGCCGAAAAGGUCUUCAAGAACCUCUCUAAGCUCUCCCACGAGCAGCCUGGCCUUCACUGUAUCGCCGUGUCGCACUCAUCCACCGAAACUACUGAAAAAUGGAUCCCCGAAGUCGGUGGCGCCUGGUCGACCGAUGUGGUAAUCGACGAAGCGCGGGAUCUGUACGCGCAAUGGGGCCUCGGGUUGAGCAGCGUGUGGCACAUGUCUGGCCCCUCGGUGCUCUACGCUGUAUACCGCCUGGGCACCGACGAAGGCGUCUGGAACCGCCCUACGGAGAGCGGCACCCGCUGGCAGAUUGGCGGCGCCUUUGCUGUCGACGGAAGCGGCGUGGUGCGCUACGUCCACAUGGCUCAGGCAGCAAAUGACCUACCCGACCUUCAGGCAGCCGCCCAGGCUGUUGGAAUUGUGAGUCAGGAAGAAGACUUGAAAUAA